GUUGAGUACUCACCUGAUUGACUGCCCUUCUAUAAAGAGGCCACUCGCAUGCUCUCUGCUCAUGCCCGAGUAUCACAACAGCCACCAAAAAACACCCUGAAAAAUCUGUGUAUCGAUUUGGAUAAUCCAGAAAUCAUGAUUCUCACCCCAGCAUCCACGCUUGCUUUCGGCCUUGCCUACUGCGCAACACAGGUCUACGCGUUGCCACAAGCUCAUGAUUUCCCGCCUUACCAAAAGCCGGGACAUGGCGACGCCCGCUCGGCCUGCCCCGGAAUCAACGCUCUUGCGAACCACGGCUGGCUUCCACACGACGGCCGCAACAUCACUCGCGACAUGUUAGUAGAAGCCUUGCGCGGCGGAUUCGGCUUCGACUUGUCACCGUCCGAACCAGCAUUCGCUACCAGUGUCUUCGCCUCCGCGAUCAAUGACACUGCCAACAUAGCCCUACACCCUGAAAAAGACAGUUUCGACAUGGACGCAGUCAACACACACAACGGGCCGAUUGAGUUCGAUGGCAGCGUCUCACGCAAGGACGACUUCUUUGGCAGCCCUGUGCCUUUUGACAAGCCUACAUGGGACACUCAGUGGCGCCUCAUGGAGGAGGAGCAGAAGUCGUCCAACAGCACUGAAGAUGUGUUCGACCUCGGAGUUGCUUCUAGGGCUCGUGCGAGACACGUACUGAUCAAGAGCCAAGCUGGCAACGAAGACUUUCUCUUCGACGAUGUGACGCUCGGUAAAAGUGCUGGCACGACAGCUUUGUACAUGCUUGUACUUGGAGGGAUGACCAAAUCUGUGAGGAAGGAUUGGCUACGGGCAUUCUUUGCCGAGGAGCGCAUUCCUUACGAAGAGGGCUUCCAGCCUCAAAAGGAUGUCAGCAGUGCGAAUUUGAACGCCCUGACAGGUGAGAUUAUAUCACUGGCCCCAGGAGACAUUCUGUGCUCUUUCAACCCGGACACUCUUUGCCCUUGAGCUGGCACAUACCUGGAGCUCUAUAGAACCUGGAGGAAGGUUUUGAUGAUAGAAACCGU